AUGAAUCGGAAAAAUGAGCAACAUGUCGUCCAAUUGGAAAAGGAGCGCUGCAAGCGCCCGGCCACGACCGGCCAGCCGAAGAUGCGCAGCGCGCGCAGCAUUGCCGAGGAGAUUAUCCGCAAGCAACAGGCGAAGAUGAGCAUCUUUGACUGGCAGUACUGGGCCCUCCACGUCCACCACAUCAUCAACCGCUUCCUCCAC